AGCGAGCCGCCGCCGUUGUUGUUGUUGUUGUUGUUGUUAUUAAUUGGCCGGUUGUGCAGCUUGCCACGAAACGUCCACCUUGCCAUGAAUACACUGUCAACUUGCCCAUUGUCUGUAGACAUACCAGAGCUGCAAUGAAGGCAGGGGCUUCGUCGGUGUGGGCUUCAUGCUGCGGUCUGCUGAAUGAAGUGAUGGGUACAGGAGCCGUCAGAGGUCAGCAGCCAGCUUUUGGGGCCGGUGCUGGGCCCUUCAGGUUCGCCCCCAGUGCCGGAUACUCCACAUACCCGCCCGCUAGCUCAGGGUGUCCCAGCCUUGUGUGCAAGUCCUGCGGUCUGGCCUUCUCGGUCUUCAGGAGGAAGUACAUUUGCAGCGACUGCAAGAAGAGCUUCUGCUCUCUGUGUUCCGUGCCUCUGGAGAAUGUGCGCAUAUGUGCCACGUGCCAUCUGCUGAAGGCAACAGCCUUCCAUCGUCCGCGCCUCAUGCAUCUAAGGGUCAGGGACCUCCGGCAGUACUUGUUGCUCCACAACGUCCCUACCGACACUUGCAGGGAAAAAGAAGACCUGGUGGACCUGGUGCUCUGUCACCAGGGCAGCGAGGAGGAGGAGGAAGAAGAGGAGGAGCCUGACACGAGUAGCCUCCACUCACGUUCCAUGUAUACUCUAGCACCUUCGACCACACAGUCUGCCUCACAGCUGUCCCAACUCGCUGCCUCUCAGGGGGAACCUCUCAGCACCAGUGAUAGUUCUGAUAGCAACCAGGACUUUGGUGAUGCCACAUCAGUGUCGCUCCUCCACCUAGACCCCAGUGAAAAUACACCUGAGACGAGCCCUCAGACGCAGCGCCUGCUCCGAGCGUCUCUCUCGGACAUCUCCGGCGUGAGCGACAUCGAGGGCCUCUCUGUCCGACAGUUGAAGGAGAUCCUGGCCAGGAACUUUGUCAACUAUUCCGGGUGCUGCGAGAAGUGGGAGCUGGUGGAGCGAGUCAGCAGACUCUACCGAGAGACCGAGGAGAACAGGAAAUCAUUGGAAAAUGUGAGCAGUACUGUAACCAAAGCGGUGGCCUUCCCCGCUCCUAUCUGCAAUGGGGCCAUUGGAGAUUGUGAGAAAGGUCCGCCGAUGUUCCUUGACGAGAACCUGUGCAGGAUCUGCAUGGACGCCGUGAUCGACUGCGUUCUGCUGGAGUGCGGCCACAUGGUGACGUGCACCAAGUGCGGCAAGAGGAUGAGCGAGUGCCCCAUCUGCAGGCAGUACGUCGUGAGGGCUGUGCACGUCUUCAAGUCCUAAUGCAACCUCACCUUCGACACCGCAGCUUAGACUCAGACGGUACUUUAAUUCAAUCAUGCAAAUCACAUCCACUGAAUCCCCUUUUGUGCAUGUUUGUAGUUUGUGCUUCCCCAUUUUUACAUGAGUUGCACAUUCGGAAAUAUGUUUUGGUUCUUCCAGUAAGCAGAAUUCUCACUUGAAUCAUUCCUGAUAUGAACAUAUCUCCUGCUGUAUCUGUUUUACAACCAAAAGAAUGUUGAAUGUGGGUGCACUCAACUCCCUCAAAUCUGCCUAUAAAUUGUAGCCAGCCUUGUGUAGAUCGAGCACCUCCUCACACAACUGCUGCAAGUGACUACAUACGCUAUCGUAGUAGCACCAAGGAUGCACACACUUGACAAGAAGGUGCGCAGAUGGUGCCAAACGACGGGUGACACUUCAUGCUCCUCGCCCUUCGCAUUCUUUCAGUCCUAGUGGACGGGUUUGUGACUAUUGAGCGGGCAGAUGCACUCGCUCAUCAGUUCGUGAGCAUUGGAGAUGGCCGAGGCGGGAUGUUUACUAAUUCUUCAACACUUCGUGUCGUCGUGUAGGCCACUAACCGGAUGAAUGCACGUCGAGUAGGGCGAUUAGACGUCACAUUAGAUGUUGGUGAUGGACAAUGAGGAUUUGUUUUAGAAAGGUAUUUUAGUACACACUUUUGUCAAAAUGCAUAACAUUGAGAUUAACAUAAGGUCUGCCGUCGCCUGUGUCUCAGCACUUGAGACAAAAAUCGGUGCUAGUCAUCUUGGCAUCUUCACUAUAUUCGAGUCAAACUGUGGCUAUAACGCUGGAUGUUCAUUUUGGUUUUGUUGUUUACUGUCACAAGUGAAAUGAAGUGUCUUUUUUUUUCUCAAGUAGGAUCAAUGAACUCAACUAUUCAAAGUAAUUCUACUUGUUAAUAGAUGAGUAUAUAGAAAUGACUUGCUCAUGUACAUUUGCAUAUAAUUAUGCAUAUAUAUAUUUUCCAUUUGGUUUAAAGUAAAAUAUUUCAAAUUUCCCUUGGAUUGAAAUUGUUUACUAUUGUUUUUUUUUCUUAAGUUGAGUUAAUUGGGUUUGUCCCUCUUGCAUAUAUAUAUAUAUUUUUUUUAUCUGACAUCCUACCUAGCUGUAGCUCCUCAAACAUUUUGGUUUAUUUUCUCCCAAUGCUGCUCAUUUGCAAAUCUGCAUAUCAUAUCAGUCUCUGAACCUUACCUGCACAAAUGGCAAGAUUGCUGCUAUUACAGUAAAGACCUUUCCUUUAAACAUUGCAAAGCAGGACACACUUUUCCUUUACAGCGCAAGUAUUGUGGGAAAUGUUUUGUCUUUGGGACUUGAACAUUUUAUUUUAAUAAAGAAAGUGUGUGUA